UUGGAUUUCACGAGUGAAUGGGAUUUACCUGUGUUUGUCUACCAAUGUGUUUGUGCAGGGCAACUUAAGUGAAGUCUUGCAAUAUGGCUCGCUUUUAUUUUUAAAUAGGGAGUUUAAAGUUAGAAAGCGCUCAGCGACAGAAGCCGAGCCCUCAGUUUUCAAGGAAAAGAACUUGGGAAGCAAAAAAAGUACCUGUGGCUCAGGGUCAGCGACACCUGUUGCUAGCGCGAAGCCCGAUAACGACGUUAGCAUGCUGCCGCUAUCCAUGGACUGUAGGCUAAUACCUUAGAAAGCCUACUACAACCAGUACUAAACAUAGAAACACAGAAAUAAUAUGACAGUUUUCUCAGUUAGGACCAUCCAGAUGUUGCCAAGUAAAAUGAGUAAUAGCUUUACUUUGGCUGACGUCAAAGGUGGUAAACUAAAUAAAUCCUGAAGGAUUAAUCAGUAGCUAGCAUAAUGUAUAAGAUUGCCAUUCUCAUAUGAAUUGUGUGCUUUUAAAAUCAGUAGAGAGGCAGUGGAGAAGUUGUGGGAUAGUUCUAUGGAUAAUCCUGGAUCCCCCUGACCUCCUGUGCCAAUAUAUGUGAGGGACAGCAAAAAGUCCCCGCGCCUCCUCCAACAUGUGUCCGCACGCUAAUGUCCAAUGGUGCGCAAUACCAAGGAUGCAUAAAGGCAGAGGACAGCGCGCGCCCCUGGAUGCGAGCAGCUGAAGUCGCAGCCACUCCACUCCAUGUUUUGCCCUGCCCUUGUGCGCUCUCUGCUCGCUGUGCAGCGUGCGUCUCGGCUGCAUUUCGCUUCCCUCACACUGACACGAACACAGGGGCUGCUUGCUGUGUGUGCGGGAGAAGUUGUUGGCACAGAGAGCACCAGGUAGCAACUGUCUUCUUCAAACGGAUUUCGUUCAAGCUGGGAGCAGUCGGGCUCGCCGGGUCCUUUUUCUUUUUUCGAGUGGGAAGAUAACGAAGCGGUUUGCAAUGAGAUGGACGCACCAGUAUCUAAAGUGAGGAGUGAUAUUUUUUUCUUUUUCUUUUAACGAACAAUCUGACAUCCUGCUCACUGGAGAAAUCUUUAACUCAGCCCUUUUGGAUUUCUUUUUUUCUCUCUCUCUCUCUCUGACGGAGCUCGUAUUUCCCUGUGAAACAUUAUCAAGGAUUUCACUGAUGUAUGCGAUGUGGAGACUGCAAGUCGCCUUAUGUACUCUGUCGGUGCUGUCCCUGUCAUCUGCUGGUGAAAGCAAAGCGCGGAGCUGUAGCGAGGUUAGGCAAGCUUAUAACGUUAAAGGCUUCAGCAUCGUCAAUGUACCUCAUCAGGAAAUAUCAGGUGAACACCUGCGUGUCUGUCCUCAGGGAUACACCUGCUGCACAUCUGAGAUGGAGGACAAACUCAACCAACAGAGCAAACUGGAUUUUGAGAAUUUGGUCGAUGAGAGCAGCCACAAUAUGAGGACGACGUUUGUCUCGAGGCAUAAAAAGUUUGAUGAGUUUUUCUUGGAGCUGCUGGACAAUUCUGAGAAGUCUCUCAACAGUAUGUUCACACGGACGUACGGGAAGCUGUAUAUGCAGAACUCGGAGGUGUUCCAGGACCUGUUUACUGAGCUAAAGCGCUACUAUACGGGGGGCAACGUCAACCUGGAGGAGAUGCUGAAUGACUUCUGGUCCAGGCUGCUGGAGCGGAUGUUCCAGUUACUCAACUCCCAGUACCACUUCACAGACGACUACCUGGAGUGCGUCAGUAAAUACACAGAUCAGCUAAAGCCCUUUGGAGAUGUGCCCAGGAAACUGAAGGCCCAGGUCACCAGGGCCUUCAUCGCUGCACGGACAUUUGUACAGGGGCUAAUGGUGGGUCGGGAGGUCGCCAACAGGGUCGCCAAGGUGAAUGUAGUUCCAGCAUGUGUCAGAGCCCUGACUAAGAUGCUGUACUGUCCAUACUGUCGCAGCAUGCCUGGGCUGAAACCUUGUCACAACUACUGUCACAACGUUAUGAGGGGCUGUCUAGCGAACCAGGCAGACCUAGAUGCUGAAUGGAACCUCUUCAUCGAUGCUAUGUUACUGGUGGCAGACAGACUGGAGGGACCCUUCAACAUUGAGGCAGUUAUAGAGCCAGUUGACAUCAAGAUCUCUGAGGCUAUAAUGACCAUGCAGGACAACAGCAUGCAAGUGUCAGCCAAGGUUUUUCAAGGGUGUGGCCAACCAAAGCCAUCAGGAAUAGGCAGGUCUGCACGUGGCAUCUCAGAUGUGUUCAGUGCUCGCUUCAGACCCUACACCCCUGAGGAGAGGCCAACCACAGCAGCUGGAACAAGCUUGGAUAGACUGGUGAUUGACAUCAAAGAGAAAUUGAAGGAAUCCAAGAAGUUCUGGUCCAACCUGCCAGAUGACAUCUGUGCCAAGGGCAAGCUCACAGAGUCUGACGAGGAGCAGUGCUGGAACAGCCACACUAAGGGCAGAUAUUUCCCUGAAGUGGUGAAGGAGGGUCUAACCAACCAGUUGAACAACCCAGAGGUGGAUGUGGAUAUCACCAGGCCUGACACACUGAUACGACAGCAGAUCAUGGCUUUACGUGUCAUGACCAACAAGCUAAAGAACGCCUACAAUGGAAAUGACAUCUACUUCCAGGACUCUAGUGACGAGGGCAGUAGUUCUGGUAGUGGCAGCGGAUGCUCUGACGGCUGCACAACAGAGUUUGUUUUUGUUGGAACAGAGGCUCCUGUGAUCGGAGCAGACAGAAGUGAUGAACGCGCAGCAGCAGCAGCCGCAGGCAAGUCACUUUCCCGUGGACCCUCCCUACUGCUGCUGUUAGUGGCCCUCACACUCCCACUCUGGGCAAUGCAGACUCAAUGGAGAUAAUACACGAGUGUGGCCUGAUCGCUGACUUUUAUACUGUCCAAGACAGUAUGUUUAACAGCAAGUUCUACUGCUGUUCCCUCACUGGACAUGUACAACCUCCUGGAAACAAGAGAAUGGCUUACUGUGUGCUAUGGUAGGACUGGAAGUGAGUGCAGUGCUGCAUCCUGCUUGUCCCCCAAAGAAUGCUCGGUGCCAUCACUGAACCAGCUUUCACAUCUCUGAAAAAAAGAAAAUGUGGUGUUUUAUCAUUAUUCUAAAGUGGAUUUUGAAAAACAUGCUUCUCUUUUAGACAGUGAAAACCAUCUGAUCUGAUUUUUCAGAUAAGGGGGAAUCUAUUUUUCUUUUCCUUUGUAUGAUGAAGUUGUGAACACCCAUCAUCCUGCUAUUCUUGUCCCCCUCAGACAAAAGGAGAAAGUCUUACUGUGUGCAUGCAUGGAAAUGAUGUUACCUGACAAAAAACAUUUUUUAGGCUUUUUUCAACGCAGGCUACACAGUUUUGAAUUGGUCGGUACCGGAUUGUACAGUGUUAGCACCUGGUUUCCCCUUUGGUCAUAUCAGUGUGGCUUCAGCAGUAGUUUUUACAGCCACUAUAUAGUUGCACAUUUGAUUAUCUCUGAGAAAGUGCUAAUGUACUGCAGAGAGAGAACUACUUUGCACAGAUUAUUUUUGUUGGCUUCAUAAGUUUAUAAAGCUGCAGGAAACAUCCACCAAUUACAGAAAGAAGAUCUAUAUUUUCAGAUCAUUUAACUGAUUGUAUUGUACUUAUAAAACAGUUGCAGUAUGUAUUUCACUGGAAGGUACUGUAAUGUAAUCUUACUGGUUUAGUUAAUGGCUACAUUUUUUAAAUGUAUUAUUUGUUUUUACAAAUUAUUUGAUCACCUGUAAAAUGAAAAAAGGUUUUUUCAACAACACUAAGCCAUUAUACUACAAUUGCCUGCUAACAACAUUCAGUUACCUGAUUUACUCUCUUCUGUUUGGGUACUUAACAUGCACUUAAACAGUUCACACUUGCUUUUUAUUCUCAGAGGACUCAGAGAAUAUGAGUGCUAUUAGUUAUAUGUUAAUGACAUUUCCAUUUAUUUACUUGGCUUUAACUAUUCAUGACUAUGAUUUAUUUUGUAUGUUUUCCUUUGUUUAUAUUACAUAUAUGGAAGGUUA